CUCCACAAAGGUCUGUCAUCCAAGUCCCAACUGAAUGUUGCACUCCUUGGGUUCUUGGUCUAGCCACAGGUCAAAGGUACCCUGGAAUUGGUAAACUUAAGCCACCAGCCUUUGCCUAUUUUCACUGUACCUUUGAGACCACUUUCCUUGAGGAGUCUAGAGCAUUGAUCUUUGUUUUCCUCAGUCUGAAACCAUGCCUCUCUCAGGAACACCAGCCCCACCCAACAAGAGGAAAAAGCUUUCCAAGAUCAUUACUGACCUGUCACACAUAACCCAGGAUGAGUACGAUUCAGAGCCUGAGGCCUCAGAGUUUGAUUUGGGGAAAAAGAUCAGGGCACCCAAGGAUAUCAUGCUGGAGGAACUAUCCCUGAUGACGAACAAAGGCUCCAAGAUGUUCAGGAUGAGACAGAUUCGUGUGGAGAGGUUUAUCUAUGAAAAUAACCCUGACCUCUUUAGUUGUGAAUCCAUGGAUAAUCUCCAGAAGUUUGUGCCCAGUCUGGGGGGCCAGAUGAUGGAUGUUGGUGGCCAUCUGAUUGGUGGACAGAUGGCUAGCCAUGUUGGUGGUGCCGGCCAAGCACCAGUGCCUCCUCCUAAACCAGGAAGCUAUGGCAAGGCAACAGGGGAUGGGCUGGCAGCAGGUGGGCUCACUGGAGGUGCUGUUGGGGCAGCAGGAGCUGGAGCAGGAGCCGGGGUGAAGGAUGGUGUGUCAGAAAAUGCCUCAAAGAGCGGGGAAAAUGCUAAUACUGCUAUAAAAGGGUCUGAAUAUGUGAAGACAUACACUUCACCUUGGGAACGAGCGAUGAAGGGCAAUGAAGAUCUUCUGGCCACAAUGAAGUCUCAAAUGCCAGGACCCUGUUCUUCUAAGGAGCUGCACAAAUAUAAGAGCUUCAACAGGAGUGCUAUACCCUAUGGGGGCUUUGAGAAGGCCUCUCAGCUGAUGACCUUCCAGUUGCCAGACAUCGAGGUGGCAACUGAGGAGUCUGAACCAGCAGUGGUGUACCAGCAUGACAUAAGCUCAAGGCCCUCAUUUAAUCGCACACCCAUUGGCUGGGGAGGUAGCAUUGAACCCGGCAGUAUUCACAUGGAGUUGGAUACUAUACCAUUUGAUGGGGAGACAGACGACCUGUGAAGCUACAUCCCAUCAAAACAACCUUUAUCUAAUUUAUGUCUGCCCUAAUUAACCUGCACUCUAAUACACACACACACACACACACACACAUUGUUGGUGCGGCUAUCCUUAAGAGGACUCUCCAUAGACAUAAUUAUUUUUAUACUGUGCGAACUAUAGAUUCAAUACCCUAACCAUACCCCUAAACCUAAUCCUCACAAAAAACAUUCAGCAUUUUUACAUUUUCAAAAAAACAUAUAUUUUUUUUUUUUAUUAUUAUUUGAAUUAUGGGGACACUAGAAAUAUCCUCAUAAACCACAUUUAUAGCAUAAUGAUACCCUUGUAAUUACCAUUUUGCAUCCUAAAAGAAUGUCCUCAUAAACCAUCUAAACCCACCCCUCCACACACACAAAGACAAAACAUACACAUAGUGACCUGUGUAUCAAUGCUUGUGUCCUGUGCAAUAUUCAGAAUAUUUUCCCCACAAAAAUGUAACAAUCUGUUGAACCAUCAGGGUGACAUGCAAAAUGUCCAAUGUGAAUGGAAAACCUAUCAUAAUGUACACAUUUAGCUUUAAUUUAUAUCUGCAUCUAAAUGUGGACUUUUUACAAAUAAAUAUGUAUUUGCAGAUGAA